AUGACUUGGAAUCGACGGCAAUCCAAUCCUACUCGAUUGUCCUCUUCACACCUCACUCGUAUUUUUGAGGAAGAAAACGAUCAAGAAGAUUCCGAUCAGGAAGUCUUUUACGAGAACCAAAGCAGUGACGGAAGGUACAAGGACGCACGAUCCCCACGCCGAACACAGAGUUAUAGGGAAUGUACUGGUGCGAGCUACAGCUCUCAGAACGCCAGACCACAUCAUAAUGCAUACAGAAGAUACAGUGACAACAUUGAUGUACCAGAGACUCUGAAUGACUCAGCCCAGUCGUGGUCACAGCUGACACAGAAGGCUGAAUCAUUUUCAGACACUCCUGCUAAACGUAAUAUCAGAAGUAACUCAAUGUUUGUUGGUAACUCCACAUCUGGCAGAUCACCUUCCCUCCUGUCUCAAGCUGAAGCAAGUUCAAACAGUGACAUCGAUUCAAAUUUGCGUCGAUCCAGCAUGCAGUCGGAUGCUAUUUUGACUGGAUGGAAUCGAAGCAAUAAAAGUGCCUCUAUAUUUGAGAAUAUGGACAUAAAAUCAACUUCUCCAAAUCCAAUUCGGGCUGUGUUGAUGCAGUAUGAGGUCUCAAAAAGAACAGUUCCAUUGAAUCUUAAACGUUCUCUAACUAAACCAGUUCCAAUGAAAGCUUUUAGAAACGACCCAAUGGAUGUGUCUUCCUCGGGAAAUGUGCUAGCGAGUGAUUCUUCUUGUGAAACCGGAUGUGAUUCCCAAUCCCAAAAUACUUCACAAUGUUCUUCAGUGUCUCCAAAUACUUCUGAUCAAAAUAUACAAAGUGAUAAGAUAAUGGAACAUAUUCCUCGUGGAUUCGGAAGUGUCGAUUCUGGAUUUGACCACCAGUCCAAAGUUAGUCCAUGUAUUCUGAACUCUAAUGACUGUGAUAAACCAAAUCCACGUAACUGUGGAUCACAGAAUCAAAACCACCCAAAUGUAAACGUCGUCAAUAAUAACAGAGAUUCACCAAAACCAACGAGUAGCACUCCUGUGGGAACUCCUAAGCAUAUAAAAUAUAACAGUAUUGCUUCCGAUGACAGCUUAUUUACACCGAGUAGCUACAGUUCCUUCUGCAGCUCCAAUUUAUCUUCUGUCAGCUUCAACAGCACUGCCAGACUACCCUGCGCCAGCAUUGAUGAAGGUUUUAUCGAAUCUCCACCCCUGUCUCCGGAUCACUCCCAAUCUUUUUAUUCAUUCCAUGAUUCUCCAGACGGAAAACAGUCCAAAUUAUGUGUUUCUGAUUCACAUGAGGGUUUGAAAGUAUCGCACAAAGUGGUCCAGAAACAGAAAAUUAAAGAAAUCCCUUCUAACUCACGAACACAAACAGAGGUGUGA